GCGAGCCAUCCGAGGGGUUUCACCCGGAACAUGUGUAUAUAGUAACAUCUGUAUAUAUUUAUUUGCUUAAUUGAUUAAUUGAUCUGUGUUUAUUGGACGAUGGGCGCGUGCGGGCGGUGCGCGUAAAACGAGCGCGCGGCAGUGGGAAUAACGGAGAGAGAGAAAAAAGAGUGAAGUUGAUGCAAGCAAAGACGGUGGGCGUGGCUUCAUUCUACAAUCCAGGGUUGUGUUUGAAAGAGUUGCACGAGUGACGGUGACAUGAUGUCAAGAUCUGACGAGGUGAACAAAAUGACAGAGAACGUCUACAAGGGAAUCCUGGACCAGUUUAACCCCAGUUUGAAGAACUUUGUCACAAUGGGGAAACACUAUGAGAAAGCACUUACAGGAGUGACUGUCGCAGCGAAAGGCUACUUCGAUGCUCUGGUUAAACUGGGAGAACUGGCCAGUGACAGUCAGAGCUCAAAGGAACUGGGUGACACAUUAUUCCAGAUGGCUGAAGUGCACAGACAGAUCCAGGUGCAGUUAGAAGACGUGCUGAAGCUGUUCCACUCUGAACUUCUCUCUCAGCUGGAGCAGAAGCUUGACCUGGAUAUUAAAUUCCUCACAGCGACGCUGAAAAAAUACCAGAGCGAGCGGCGUUCAAAGGCGGAAUCGAUCGAACACUGCCAGUCACAGCUGAAGAAACUGCGCAGGAAAAGUCAGGGUAGCCGACACCCGAAUAAAUACGGAGACCGAGAGAUGCAGUUUGUGGAGCUGAUGAGUCGCAGGCAGACGGAGUUGGACUCUCUGGUAGCAGUAGGUUAUCGCUCGGCUCUAACGGAGGAGAGGAGGAGGUACUGCUUCCUGGUGGACCGUCAGUGCUCCGUUGCCAAGCUGCUAAUAAACUACCAUAACAAGGUGCGUGAACUACUAUCACAAAAGUUGUCAUCAUGGCAACAGUCAUGUUCUCAGCCAACGAAACUACCAGAGCGAGCCUUGAACCUGCUGCGUCACACCGCCCCUCAGGGAGCCGGGGCUUCUGGGAUAGCAGAUGUCCUCCGACACACUAAGCUGGGCUCUGCUCAGUCUGGAGAGCAGAGGCUGUCCAUACAGGAAGUCCCGCCCCUUCUGAACGGCGACUCCGGGAAUCGGUCUCAACAGCAGCGCGGUGGAUCAUCCGUCUCAUCUGACCCCACCCCUCGCACACUUCCCAUCCAGAACAGCACCACCCACAACAUCAGCAUGUCUUCUAGCCCCGCCCACCCACAACCUACCUCUGUACAGUCAGGAAGUGUUUCAACCUUGCUUACUCCACCUUCAGGCUCUGCAUUUCUCUCACUCAGCCCCACCUCUGCUUCAUCCAUUCAUGCACUGCAGGGCCUGGUUCCGCCCACUAACGCCCCCCAAACUCCUCCACUGCCCCAUAGUGCGCCUCUUUCUCGUGCCCUCACUCCCGUGCCACCUUCUGCCUUCUCGCCACCGGCCUACAACCCUCUGCUUUUCAAGACCCCCGACGUAUACGCAACAUCCACGCUACCGUUACCAAGGAAACAGCCGAAUGAGUUGCGGACAGGGUUCAUGGGUUCCACCCUACCCCGUGUGCUCCCGCUCUGUCCUCCUCUCCGUGUAGAGGCGCUGUUCUCUCACUCGCCCAGCUCUAGCGACAGGGCAGAUAAAGGAGACAGAGGGGGUUCGUGUCUGCUGCCCUUCCUUCCCGGAGACGUCGUCAAUCUUUUAAUUAGUGAGCCGAGAGAUGGCUGGCACUACGGACAGAACGAGAGAACUGGACGGAAAGGCUGGUUUCCCUUCUCCUACACACAGCCGUUCCCAGACAUAUCGACGCCCACUCAGCACGACGCUGUCAGUUCUCCAGGCCUCUCCAAGUUGAACAGUACGAGUAUGGGACAGUUAGACAGGCUGCCCCCUGCAGGUGAGUUUGUGAAGCUCAGUCCAGACUCGGAGGAGGAGCGGGGGAUCAGUACGUUUAGGCCACGCCCCUACAGCAUGAUGAACCCUGACGUCAGACGUGUGAGUCCAGGAGAUGCUGAUGCGAAGGGCAAAGAACAUUCUCCUGGUGGACACAUGUCUCCUCCGCCGUCUCCCACCAGGAGCAAUCCGUUCGCUCACAUCCGACUGCGCAAGACGGUGACUAACGAUCGCUCGGCUCCGCUCAUCGAGUAGAGAGGAUCGUCUCAUGUAUUCACGCUGUCCUUUAGGUUGUUAGAAUAUAUGGUUAUUUUUCAUAUAUAAUUUCUAUAAUCCGUCUAUAACUUUGAAAUAACUUACAGACAUCAGAAAUCAAAAAAAUAUACAGUAAGUGUACAAAUCCUGUGAAAAUAUCAUUUUAUUCACACAACUGCCUUUUGUUUUAGUUUUUUUUUUCAUCUGAGCCACUGAUUGUUUUUACGUUUUCAAGACAAUUUUGCCUCCAAGUUGUUUAACAAAUUAACAAAACUAACAACUUCAAAUGAAUGAACACAUUCUGGUUAAAAUGCAUGCCUCUAUGUUCUCUAUGUGGAUCUUUGGAUCAGACAUGUGCCUGACAUCAGGUUAUAGUGUACACUUUUAUUGCAGUUAAAAUCAAUUCUUAAUGAAAUUCUUUCAUCAAGAGGCUGUUUGAGUGGUUACAGGUGUUUGAGUGAAAUCUCCAUGUUAGAGCUCUGGAUAGCUGAUGAAGUUAUCCCAUUCCCAGCAGAUAAAGCAAACAUUUGGUGCUAAAAAAAAACUAAUCCUGGUGAAGUGUCACUGUGAGACGAUUCAUCUGUGCCAAAGUUUGCUUUGAGAGAAUCAAAGACUCAAUAUCUUAUUAACAUUAGCUGGUGCUUUACAAUUCCUCUUGUCAAACAUUAGUUACUGAAUUUAACUGUUAAAUGUACAAAAAAAUAUAUAUCAAACCUUAGCUAAAAAAUUACAACUUCGUCAAACAUUAGCUAGUGCCUUGCAGUUUUCUGUCAGAAAUUCGCUAGUGCUUUAUAAUUUUCUGUCAGAAA